AUGACAUCACACAAGUCUACUUAUCAAAUUCUCGCUCAAGCCGAAACAUUGCUGAUCUAUGGUAUAUUUCUAUUUUUAACCGGCCUGACACAAAUUGCAGUAACGAUUGGUCAACGAUACGUCAUCGAAAGAAAUAAACAGAAUGGUACUCAUAUAAAUUUUCUCAAUCUAUUUCCGGCAUCGUAUUCAAUUAAUGAUAUUCACCUUUGGUUUAUUUAUCCAUCAGCAUUCUUUACGAUUAUUCCAUGUCUUUGUUGUGUAAUCUACGCCAUAGUUAAACGCCCAUUUAUGACGAUUUUCAUUUGUAUGUCAUCGCUGAUAAGUUUUAUUUCAUCAUCAGUCUACAUCGGUCUUCUUAUUAUUCAUACACUUGAAUAUUGGCAAACGAUUUCUUCAUCGCGUUUGAAAUCAUUUAGUACAACGACGGCAUCGACGACAAUACCUACAAUACAACUUCUUGUACCGUUCGAUGAGCCUGCAACGUUUGUUAAUCUUGCACUACUUAUAACAUUUACAUUAGCACUUGUACAAACACUUUUAUCAUUGAUUGGCGCCGUUAUUUCUUGCCUGUGGUCAUCAUGUUGUACGAAUCCAGUACCAACUUGUAAACCUAUCGCAACUAAUUCUCAUUAUUCUCAAACUACUCCCCAUCGAUUUGAUUCAUCCCAUUCAACACCAUUGCGAAACUUGAAACGUCAUCAACCUUCCGAAACUCAUCGAUUUAUCAUUACACAAGAUCCAUCGGAUUCGUUGAUCAAUGGCUUUAUACACAAAAGUCCGCUCAUUCGGAGCAAUUACGAUGAUGUUUAA